AUGCAGACGACUCUUGCUCUGGUCUUUUUGGGCCUGCUCAAUGUCGCCUAUUCGUCUUCCACACGCGUACAUCUCCGUGACUGCAAACCCGGCAAACUGGUUUGCCAUGGUGAGAGCCAGUAUGGUCUCUGUGACAUUGACAACACUGUUAGCUUCAUGGAUACUGCGGAGGGCACUAGCUGUGUCUGUUCUGGUACUGAAUGCAGUAUAACCUUCACCGCCGGGUAUACUGAGACACCGGCUCUUCCAUCAUCUCAGUCAGAUCCUGGCCCUGAUGCGCCUACACAGACGAACCGACAGACGUCGUUGGUGUCCGCUUCCAAAUUCUCCGACGCGUCUGCUGCUACAUCUGGUUCUGUUUGUUCAGCCGGCAUCUCCGAGAGCAGCCCCGUUGAUGCAAGCGUUGCGAAUGCACAGCCGCUCUCUAAAACUAGUGUGCCUGCCUCCGUCUCUACCUCCUCCAAGCCCGAUGCGGACUCCGGUACAAACACAGGUGGAAUCAGUGGAGGCAGGACUUAUAUCAAGACAUUUUUAGGAAACGGUGAGCCGACCUCAGGCUGGCCAGCGCAAUGGAUAGGCUUCGAUAGCAUGUGGAUGAACAACUUGGACAAUGUCAUUUCCCAAUCGUGCAACGCCUUUAGACAGGCUAACAACUCGGCCUUAGAGAGCGCGGACGUCAAAUCUGCUAUUGAGAAUGUUGCUCAGUCGUCUGGUGUCGACAAGCGCUUUAUUCUUGCCAUUGCCUUGCAGGAGUCAGGAUGCUGCGUGCGCGCUCCCACCACCAACGGUGGCGUUAAUAACCCUGGAAUCAUGCAGUCGCAUGACGGCACCCACUCUUGCUACAACAAAGAGCGCUGCCCCAAAGAUAGCAUUCAAGGUAUGAUUGCGGAUGGCGUCACAGGUACCCCUUCCGGUGACGGCCUCGCACAAAUCUUGAGCAAAGUUGGCAGCAGUGACGUCUCGCGCUACUACAAAGCCGCACGCAUAUACAACUCGGGUUCCAUCGCCCCAAGCGGCCUCCUCGAGGAUGGCGGCUCCACGCACUGCUACGCCAGCGACAUUGCCAACCGUCUCAUUGGCUGGUCUGACGGCCCCAAAGGCUGCAGGAUCAGCUAA